AUGUUGGCGACAUCUCUAACUCUUUCGAGUCUGCUGCUCAGUGCAGGCAGUUUUGAGACGUGGCAAGCUCCAGGGCCAGGAGAUGUGAGAUCGCCUUGUCCGGCGUUGAAUUCGCUCGCCAAUCAUGGCUUUCUACCCCAUAGUGGCAAGGGAAUUACACUUCCGGUUGCGGUGAGCGGGUUCAAGAGGGCACUCAAUAUCGCCGAUGACUUUACGACGGUGCUCUGGACAGCUGCGUUUCUCGUUUCCAAGGACCCGGCGAGUGCGACUUGGGAUUUGAGUGAUGUUGUACAGCAUAACUUCCCUAUUGAGCACGACGCCAGCCUGUCCCGUCAAGAUGCCUUCUUUGGCAACCAACAACCCUUCAACCAGACCAUCUUCGACACCGUACUCUCCUUCUAUGCCAACGAAACCGAUGCGACCAUUCCAAUUCAAGCCAAGGCCAAAUACAGCCGUACCCUCGACUCGCAAACCCGGAAUCCGAAAUUUCAAUACGGCCUGCGAGAGUUUAUCCUCUCCUAUGGCGAGAAUGCGCUCUUCUUGAGCACCAUGGGCGACCCAAGCACGGGUGUGGCGCCUUUGGAAUAUGUGAAGGUACUCUUUGAACAAGAGCGACUGCCGUAUGCGGAGGGAUGGCGAGUGCCGGCUGCGGAGACGAGUUUGUUAUCGGUUGGGAAUAUGAUUGGGAGAUUGUAUGCUGCGAGUCCUGAGCCGUUGAAUGAGGCCUUUGAGACGGUUACGAUGCAGCAAGUGAGGAACGCUUUUGGGGGGAAGGAUCCGGUGACGGGGGUAGUGAGGACGUUGAGCUGUGCGUUGGCGGGGAGUUGUUAAUUGAGAUAUAUAUUCAUGAAGUUGUUUUCC